UGGCUGGAGGGCGUGCGUGCGUGCGCGCAGCAAGCAGCUCGCCUCCAGUGACCACGAGACCCAGGCAGCAGCAACAGCAUCAGCACAAAAUGCAUUAGCAGGAGCAGCGUAAUCACUGCCACCACCGGCGUUUUCAUCACACCAUUAGCAGCAGCAGCAGCAACAACAUCCGUGAAAAAUGUAACGAGGAUCAGCAUCAUCAUUGCUACCAGCUUCAUCAACAGCAUCAGUUGCAAACUGCGUUAGCCGGAGCAGUAUAAUCACUGCUACCAGCUCCAUCACCAACCAUCACGAGAGCAUCAUCAAUCAUCAUCAGCAGCAGCAGUACCAGCAGUAUCAUUCGCACCAGCACCAGCAGCAGCAGCAUCAGCAUCAGCAGCAGCUUGAGCUGCCCGUGAUGUGUCAGCAGGCUGCCCGUCUGCAGGCGCGGGCUGGCUCGGGGCGGGGUGGUGCGGGAGCGGCCCCAGCUCGUCGCGGCACCAGCAGCUGCUGGUGCUGGUGGUGGUGCAGUCAGCACCGCCAUGGUGUCUCGCGGUGCAGGGGACAGCAGGAGCGAGGAGGCGGGCACCCCGGUGGCCAGCGAGGGGGCAGCGACCCCGGGCUUGGAGGCUGUGCCACGCUGCGAAUGGAUGCGGGGAGAGCAGCGCCCGGUGCAGCCUUCGCUGGGUGCCUCUCUGUGCCGAGAGAGCAACUGGAAGUGCUUGGUGCUCACCAUGCUGAUGUACGGCUGCCUGGGCGCCUUGACGUGGUGCGACCUCACCACCGUCACCCGGCUUGCCUUUGACCAGGCGCACACGGGCAAGACCAUGGUCUACCACGAGAGCCCAUGCGCCAACGGCUACGUGUACAUUCCGCUGGCCUUUCUCGGCAUGCUUUACGUGGUGUACCUCUUCGAGUGCUGGCACUGCCAGACUCAGAGCCAGCGGCAAUACAAGGUGGACGUGAGCGGAGCCUACGAGCGCAUCCGCCGCCUGCAAGAGGCGAAGCCCUGCCUCUGGUGGCAGGCGGUGAGCUACCACUACGUGCGGCGCACCCGCCAGGUGACGCGCUACCGCAACGGGGAGGCGUACACGAGCACGCAGAUGUACCAGGAGAGGGUGACCACGCGCGUCUCCGAGGCCGAGUUCGACUUCUCGCACUGCGGCGUGCGGGACGUCUCCAAAGAUAUCUACGGGCUGGAAAAGUUCCCGGUCACGAGGCUUCACUUCACGCGCUGCUUCAGCUUCGCCAACCCGGAGUCGGAGAAUGCGUACCUGAACCAGCGCGCCCGCUUCUUCCGCGAGAACGAGGGCCAGGACGACUACAUGGAGGCCAGGGAAGGCAUGCACCUCAAGAACGUGGAGUUCAAAGAGUUUGUGAUCGCCUUUGCCGACCCAGACAAGCUGCCUUGGUACGUCUCCCGGCCUGUCUUCUGGGCAGCCGCCCUGCUGCUGCUGUCGUGGCCACUGCGCGUGUGGAUGGAGUACCGGACUGCCUUCGUGCACUACCACAUCGAGAAGCUUUUCGGCCUGGAUUAUAGCUCUCCGCCCGCCGAGGCCACCACCUACCUGCGCCUGCCACGCAUCAGCACAAUGGACAGCGCUGACCUCGAGUGGCACAUCCGCAGCAACCGGCAGCUCGUGCCCAGCUACUCCGAGGCCGUGCUCAUGGACAUGACGGAGCCGACGGCCUACGCCGCCAACUGCUCUUCGUGCACGCCGAGCAGCCAGGCGCGCUCCUGCGAGGGGUGCCGCAGGGCCAUGAGCAGCUCUUCCAUCUUCUCCCGCUGCGGCUCUGGACUUUCGUUGCGGGACAGCCGGCGCUCAUCCCUGCGGCGUGCCCUGCGAGGUUCUCGGCCAAACUUUCUUUCGCGCAGCGCGAGCAGCCGCGCGCAGCUGGGUGAGGACACCAGCUGCAGGACGUCCCGUUGCCUCUCGCAGCAGAUUUCCCUGCAGGAGGACCCGCCGUCGUACCAGGACGCGAUGCUCUUUCCCGUCGUGAGCCUCAGCGGAGCCACCGAGAGGCGGGCGUGGGUGGACGGCUCGCACCACCCACGCAGGAACGCGUGCGUCGAGACGUUCCUGUGAACUUGUCUUUGCCAAAGCAGCUUUCACUUGGAGCCUUUGUGUUAUAGUACAUGUUGAUGUCGUACAUAUGGAGGGGCCGUAUAAGGUGGCUUCUUAUGCUGUCAACGAAUUUGCUCGAUAAUAGAGGGGUUUGCACUGCCUUAUUCAUUGAAUUGGUGGUAGAGUUGGGUACACGUGAAAGAUUAGGGUUAAGGAGCAAGAUAAUGCUGACUGAGCAGCUUUACUUUGGAGUUAAGAGGGUUAAGGUUGUUCACCAAUAAUAGGCUGGUGGCGAUAAUAAUACAAUUAUGGCUCCCUUACGAAUAUAAGACAAUGUGUAGAAUGGUUUGAAGUCUAACCCUUUAUCUUUUAUAAAUGGUACCAUGAAAAAUAAUCAUAGGGUUUCCCCGUGCUGGCAAUACAAUAGGUGUUAAGAUAUUCAAACACCAAAUAGAUAAAUUUUGCAAUGAAUCAAGUCUGUGGUGAACAUGCAAACAUGCUCUUAUAAUAUAAUAUAUGCAUUGUCUUUGAAACUGAAUACGCCCACACCAGAGACAUCCUUCUUUAUGGCAUUGUAUCACCAGUGGUAGACCAGAGAACGCCAAAAGGUGAACGAUACAAAGACAAUGCACGUAUCAGAGGAUUUAUAACUCGGGGUGAGCAGCUAUAUCAUCAUGGGAUAUAGCAAAAAGGUCCACUGAAACGGUAACAUUUUGCUAUGCAAAAAGUUGUAUAGCUUUUCAGUUAUUAUUUCACUAUUUUGUAUUAAUUGUAUGUAUUGCAUAUGUAGACAUGCAAGGAUACUUGCAUGGUGAAAUGCGUGGAAAGUAAUCUUGCAUGUCCAUCAAUUGAAUGGUGAAAUGGACCACAUUGCGGUUGCUGCUGUGAAUUAAAAUUUAGAAUUUAGUCCGAGUGGUCGUGAACGUGUCGAAUUAUUGACACAUCGGCCGAUUGAAAUACAAUUUCAGAUUUUGCUUCGAAAGAACUGCUUGUUUUGAAAUGCUGUUAACUGCAGUUUAUAAUCAACUGCUCGAUUUCUGAUUUGUUUUUAAGAACUGUAAACAUAGACCUUUUAAAUUUUUAGAAUAAGUUCAACUGUGAAUACCAGUUGCUGCUAUAGGUUGGCGUGUGUUUUGUGUGUUCUAUAUAGAGUACAUUGACAUUUAGGCAGAGACGCACCUCCAGUCAUGGGCGACGUGUGAUCUGUAGCCCUUCGUGUUAUUUAUUCCCUUGGAUGUGCUGCAGAUGAAUCGGUUUUUCAUGACGACAUUCGUUUUGAAUAAAGUUUGCGUUUUGUUUAAAGCUA